UACUUUGGGGCGUGGACUUCACAGAGCGUUAAAGACAGAGUGACGGAGGUCCUGUACGGCUGGACUCUCUGGCUAAAAGAAGAACCAAAGAUUCAGGAAGCCUACAGAAUGCUGAAGAAACAGAACGUCAUAAAGAAGGAUCCCAAACUUCCAGACACACUGAUUAUGGCUCCACCAUCACAAAGAACAACAGAUUCAGUUUUUGACCAAGACGACAAGGCCAAGCUGUUAGCAAGAUUACUGAACAGCAGCCGUCCAGAAGACCUGGAAACUGCCAACAGGCUCAUUAAAAYCACCAUCAAGGAGGAGCAGGAAAAGGUUGAGAAGGUGGCGAAGCGCGAGUCGACUCUGAAGGAGGUGGCGAGCAGCACCAAGCAGCUCAGAGAGGUACUGGACCAGCACACGGGUACCAGGACUUGUUUACAGCCCAGCGAUGACAUGAAGGCUCUGUAUGAGCGCUGUGACCGACUGAGGCCGAGCCUGUUCCGGCUGGCCAGCGACACGAUGGACGARGACUCGGCUCUGACGCAGAUUCUGGCAGCGAACGACGAGCUGACGCUCGCGGUAAAUGCUUACAAAGACAUGAUGACGAGAGGAGAGAGGAACGGAGGAAGAAUAACCAGUAAAAGUGAAGAAGUAACCUCGCCCACAAGCCCUCGAGAGAUUAAAAGCUACCACCUCAUCGAUCUGUCAGCGCUGGACUCUCCUCAAACUCAAAGAAAAACUGAUUCACAGCCGGUGUUUAAAUCCUCUUCACCACUUUUCUCCUCUCGUCUGGAGAGCUCCUUWUUCUCAGAAGCUGAGCAGGACUCAGAGUUUGAGGAGUUGGUCUCAAAUCAGACGCAGCAGAACCCYAAGUCAUAUUACGAAGAUCUGAUACAGUUGGACAAAGACAUCCAGAAGAUGAAUUCUGAGCAGAACAGAGGCAGAGAUGUUUCACUGAGAGCUCGUGGGUGUGGAGGAAGCAGCUCUGCACCAAACAGGACAAAUAUCUGGUCACUCCCUGAUGUUCAGAGGGUCUCAUCCUCUCCAAAAACACAGAAACAAACAAAUGAGUCUGGAUCUUCACUGAAGCUAGAGYAGAGCUCCAGUCCGCCUCAGUCUCUGAAGAACAUCUUUGUUCCUCUGGAGGACAUUAAAUCUGGUCAGCUGGAUCCGAUUACUUUGCUGAACCGGGCUGGUAUCCACGUGUCGCUUCAUUUUGCCAGAGAUGGACRGUCGAGUCAUCCAGGGGUCGCCGUGGUCGUCAUGUCUGCAGUGAACACGUCUGCGCUCCAAGUGAAGGAUUUUAUGUUUCAAGCUGUUGUUCCAAAGAGCAUGUUGGUGAAGCUUCAGCCGGCCUCUCAGACACACCUUCCUCCCUACAACCCKCUCCUGCCUCCACCUGCAGUCUCACAGGUCCUGCUCUUAACUAAUCCUCAGAAUAUUAAAGUUCGUCUGCGCUACAAGCUGACGUUGACACAUGGAGACCAACGUCUGAAUGAAACGGGAGAGGUUGACAAUUUCCCCAACUGGAAUACUUUGGUCACAAACUAAAAACGACUAAAAAUACUCAGCCAAUGUAUGGUAAAGGAAGUAUAAAGAAAGAAACAAACCAAAAAAAGAAGAAGAAAAAAAAGCUCCACUAAGAUGAUGAUUAGUUUUUCUGUGAACGUUGCAAAUCUACUAAAGAUUAAACCAAAUAAAUGUUUUCCAGUGAAA